GUGUAUGUGUGCAUGCAUGUUUCAGCCGAUUAGAGAGUGGACACAGCGUGAUCGAGCAUGCAGCUUUCAUUGAUCAUUACCAGCCAUCUGGCUGACACUCUGGACUCAUCAUGGAGUCAGGAAAGCAGCUAACAGGUACUUUGGCUCUGGCUGUGUUCACAGCAGCUCUGUCAUCUCUGCAGUAUGGCUACAGUCUUGGAGUCAUCAACGCACCCCAGAAGGUCAUUGAAAAGCACUAUGGGCGAUCCCUGGGGGUGUGGUCAGAGAAGGCCGGCGGCCUGUCAGGAAACAGCACAGAAGAAGACAUGUUCCCAGAGGCGGGGCAACACCCGGCCGUCGUCAUGUACUGGUCGUUAUCGGUGGCAAUCUUCUCCAUCGGUGGCAUGUUAUCCUCCUUCCUGGUGGGAUUUGUGGGAGACCUGAGAGGGAGGAUAAAGGGCAUGUUAAUGGUCAAUAUUCUAGCUCUAGCUGGCGGACUGCUCAUGGGUCUUUGCAGGAUGUGGAAACCGCACAUCAUGGUCAUCUCUGGCCGCGCUGUCAUGGGCUUAUAUUGUGGGUUGACAUCUGGGCUAGUGCCCAUGUACAUUGGAGAGAUCGCACCCAAGGCGUACAGGGGGGCUCUGGGAACAUUACACCAGCUGGCUAUUGUCAUUGGCAUCCUAAUCAGCCAGGUAAUAGGACUGGACUUUGUGUUUGGUAAUGACGAUCAUUGGCCCCUGUUGCUUGGUCUGUCUGGAGCCCCGGCCGUGUUACAAACCUUGCUGCUGCCUCUAUGCCCCGAGAGCCCGCGUUACCUUUACAUCAUACAGGGCAAGGAGCAAGAGGCUCGAAAAAGUUUGUAUCGUCUAAAAGGGCCGUAUGAUGCAGCUCCUGAUCUGGAAGAGAUGAGGAGAGAGAAAGAGGAAGCAGACAGGGAGCCUAAGGUCUCUAUCCUGUCCUUGAUCCGCUCCUCUGUGUACAGACAGCAGCUGUCUGUUGCCCUCAUGAUGCACCUCUCCCAACAGCUGUCCGGUAUCAAUGCAAUCUUUUAUUACUCUACGGCUAUCUUCGCCCGGGCCGGCGUCGCUCAGCCAGUCUUCGCCACUAUAGGAGUCGGAGUCAUCAACACGCUCUUCACUCUACUGUCUGUUGCACUGGUAGACAGAGCUGGCCGGCGCACUCUGACUCUGGUUGGACUAGGAGGGAUGUGCUGCUGUGCAGUUGCCAUGACAGUGGGCCUCAAAUUACAGAAUGAAUACGCAUGGAUGAGCUACGUCAGCAUGUCAGCUGUCUUCCUCUUUGUGAGUUUCUUUGAAAUCGGUCCCGGUCCCAUCCCAUGGUUCAUAGUUGCCGAGCUGUUCAGUCAGGGGCCUCGGCCUGCAGCCAUCGCUCUGGCUGGCUGCUGCAACUGGAGCAGCAACUUCCUCAUAGCCAUGACUUUUCCAUACAUACAGACUUUGUUGGAUUCUUACGUGUUCAUCCUGUUUGCUGUGCUGCUUCUCGGCUUCACUGUUUACAUUUAUUUUCGGGUCCCCGAGACCAAGGGCAAAAGCUUUGAGGAGAUUGCCAGAGUCUUCAACAAGGACCGGAAAAAGUCGUCACACCCCCCCGGAGAUGGUACUGAACUGCAGCAGCUCAAAACAUCGACAGAUGCGUGAAACAACACGGGCGCUUUGGUGUGGUCUAUUUGUUUGCAUGUGCGAGGGCGUGUUUCACUGUCAGUAUUUCAAACGUCAAGCGAUAUACGUCCGAUUUGUCCAUGUAAUAUUGUAGCUUGUUACUUGGUGAAUUAAGGAGACUCUAAACCAGACUUUACAAUUUUUUAAGUUGAGCCGACAAAGAAGUUUGCCCCGACUGCGGUUCCCCUGAGAUUUAUGGCCUCUUUUAUUGUUGUAGUUUUCAGGUUUAAGUUUUCUAGUUCAAUUAAACUGCUCUUGUAGCUUAAUGUCGUUGCUCAGCACCAGACGUGUGUCCAGACAAGCUUACUGAGUGAGCAGUGAACGUAGCAGGGCAUGUAGGAGCUAAAGAGACAGAUACAGAAAGGAGCCUUCUGGUUGUGUAUAAAUUCAUCAGUUGACCAAAAUCUCAAACCCAAAUGAAUGCUUACACGUUUGCUGGUUUUGUAAAUGGGCAGCAAGUUGCCAUCAAGUUUGUCCAUGUUGUUUUUGCAACUUGUCUCUCCCAUCUUUAAAAAAAAAUUCAGUUCAAAAGUAGAACGGUGGAAUUACCGGGCCAAUAUUUUUUUUUUGUUAUUUACUCCUCCAUCAUUUUCUGUUUUGAAAUAUCACAAGCCAAACACACACACACAUGCAUUUUGCACAAUGCUACUUCUCUUGAGUGUUUGGCCUUCCCUUUGAAAAGUGUAUGUAUGCGUAUGUAUGAAUAUCACUUUUAGGCGUUUUUCACAUUCUUUUGUUGAAAGAGGGGAUAUUUGUCUAUACUAACUUUAAAACGGCUGAGGCAGGCAAGUACAGCCAUUCCUCUCUGACAUUACAGCCAACAGUGAUCCAAUAACUCACUAAAUGAAUGUCGACACUUGGAGCCUCCAGCUCACAUUAAUUGACUGUGGACUUUUAAGUGUAGGAAUAAAAGUAUUGAAAAAAUA